AUGUCUGAAAGCGUGCCUCUUUCUGUUUUGCCCUCCAGUGAGAGCACCAGGACCGCCUUGGAGAGCUGCCUACGGCAACUGAAAUGCCAUUUCACCUGGGACUUGGUGGAGCCGGGAAAGUCCCUGGAUGAUUUCGAAGACGAGGUGUGUGACGCCACGGAGUUUCAGAACGACGAAUUCAGAGCCACGGUGUUCAACCUCCUGGCUUACAUAGAGUACCGGCGCGGCCGCCGCGAGGCGGCGCUGCAGCACCUGCGCCAGGCGGAGGAGCUGAUCCAGCGGGAGCAUCCGGAUCAAGCGGAAACCCGAAGUCUGGUCACCUGGGGUAACUACGCCUGGGUCUACUAUCACCUGGGCGGCCACGCAGACGCUCGGAUGUACGUCGACAAGGUGAGACAGGUCUGCGAGAAGUCUCGCAGCCCCUACAGAAUGGAGAGUCCCGCGCUGGACUUCGAGGAGGGGUGGGCCCGCUUACAGUGUGGAGGGAGGCACCACCACAAGAGGGCCAAGGUGUGCUUUGAGAAGGCUCUGGAAAAGGAGCCCAAGAACCCAGAGUUCGCCUCCGGACUGGCCAUCGCGAGCUACCGUCUGGAUACCUGGCCGCUGUCUCAGAAUCCCAUCGACCCUCUGCGGCGGGCCAUUCGGCUGAAUCCCGACAACCAGUAUGCCAAAGUCCUCUUGGCUCUGAAACUUCAGAAGAUGAACGAAGAGGGGGAAGGAGACAGGCUCGUGGAGGAGGCGCUGAAGGGAGCUCCGUGCGCGACAGAUGUGCUCUGCGGAGCAGCAAAACUGUAUCGGAGAAAAGGGGCGGUGGACAAAGCUAUAGAGCUGCUGAGAAAGGCUCUAGAAGGCAUGCCGAACAAUGCCUCCCUGCACUGGCAUAUCGGCUGCCUCUACAGGACAAAAGUCCUCGAGAUCCAGGACACAGGAAAGAAUGAGAUGUGCGGGAAAAGGGAGAAGUUACAGGAAGCCACAGGACAAGCUGUGCAUCAUUUAAAGAGAGUGGAUGAGGCCAAUGCAGACUUCCCCUGUGUCUGCUCCUACCUGGCCUGCCUCUAUGCGCAGGUAGGCCAGUAUGACCACGCGGAGCAUUACUUCCAAAAAGAAUUCAGCAAAGCGCUUUCUCCUGGGGACAGACAGGUGCUCCAUCUGCGCUAUGGCAACUUCCAGCUGUAUCAAAUGAAGAGUGAGGACAAGGCCAUCCAUCACUUCAUACAGGGUGUGAAAAUCGACCUGGAAUCAAAGGAGAAAGAAAAGAUGAAAAAUAAGCUGGAAAAAAUUGCCUAUACCAGGCUUUCUAAAAAUGAAGCCGAUUCCAUAGCUUUGCACCUCUUGGCGUUUCUUCAGGAGCUGAGUAGAGACACCCGGCCAGCAGAGGAAAAUCCUGAGAGGCAUUUGGACUCUGGAAGCUUCCUCUGUUCAGCAUCUUUUGCUGAGGAAUGA